GUUAACUUCCGGUUCAAGUGUCGCAAGUGUAGCUGCGACAGUCCUCCUGCUUGUGUAACUUAGAUAUUUUGUCGAAAUAAACGAAUAACGACCACAGUUCAUUUAUUGACAUGGAUAUCAUAAAAGCUGAGAUCGCGAGGAAAAGAAAACUCAUCGAAGACAAAGAGCUUGUUGACGACUCCAAAAAAUUCUUUAAAAGGUCUGACCUGGCACGCAAGGAACAAGAAGAUUACUUCCGAAGAUGUGGAUAUAAGGUUCAGAGAGAGUCUCCUGAGAUCCAGCUUGAUAAGAAAGAAGAAGAUGAGCCAUCCACCUCAACUACUCCAGUGUCAGAACUGGAACUAACAGAAGAGAAGCUGCCAAUGACACUGUCACGGCAGGAAGUCGUUCGACGGCUCAGAGAACGAGGGGAACCCGUCCGACUGUUUGCAGAGUCCGAUUAUGAUGCCUUCCAGAGACUCAGGAAGAUUGAGAUUUUGACCCCAGAAGUAAACAAGGGCUUGAGGAAUGACCUUAAAACAGCCAUGGACAAGAUUGACCUGCAGUACCUGAAUGAGAUUGUUGGAGGAACAGAGCCGGGAGAAGUGGACACACAGCAUGACCUGAAAGUGCAUGAAGAACACACCACGAUAGAGGAAUUGGAGGUUCUUCGUAACACCCUGGGCACAGGAGAUGAUCAUGGAGACCAGGAUGUUAUUGACAAGUUUUUGAGGUUUCUACUUGGUGUUUGGGCGAAAGAUCUGAACAGCCGAAAGGAUCACGUGAAGCGAAGUGUUCAGGGCAAGCUGGCCAGUGCAACUCACUCACAGACGGAGGCUUACCUGAAACCUCUCUUCAGAAAGCUCAGGAAGAAGAAUUUACCAGCUGACAUCAAAGAGUCAAUCACGGACAUCAUUAAAUUCAUGUUGGAGAGAGAAUAUGUCAAGGCAAAUGAUUCCUACUUGCAGAUGGCCAUUGGUAAUGCACCCUGGCCAAUCGGUGUGACCAUGGUGGGAAUCCACGCUCGUACUGGGCGAGAAAAGAUUUUCUCCAAACAUGUUGCCCACGUUCUCAACGAUGAAACACAGAGAAAAUACAUCCAGGGACUGAAGAGGCUAAUGACGAUCUGCCAGAAACACUUCACGACUGUUCCAUCAAAGUGUGUGGAGUACAACGCUCUUUAACUUGUAACUUCAGUUUAACUUAUGCCAAGGCUGUCUGGUCAGUGUGGCUGAGCAGAAAUGUCUUAACAUCUUGCAUAUCAAGGACUUUCAAGUACAUCUGCAUGUUUGUGGGAUCUGGGAAAAUACAUUAUUUAAAAUCUGGGUGAAUAAGACCUGUUGUAUACAAUUAGAGUUGUCAUUUAUCUUAUAAGUGAAAAUAUCUCAGAUUUAGAUGGAGGACACUCGACAACCCUCGAGUCUUAUUAGACUUGUCCUUCUGAACUACUGGGAAAACCGAUGCACCUGUCAUGCCAAUAAUAGUCACCAUCAUUCGGUCCUUCUUGAGAACAUGUUUAUGGAUACAUGAAAUGUUGAACUGUAAAAUGGUUUAGCUUGUGAAAGCCCAUAAUAGCAGAACAUGUUUUUCAAGGGUUUACUUUCAUGAUGUUUGUCAAAAAAGCUCCAGUAGUGUAAGUUGUAUUACACAUGAAAGAUUGCAGUUCUUAACUCUUCGUAACUCUAUUGACAUGCUGAAAUCAAUGCAGAUUCAGUUAUAUGUGCAUGUUUGAGGUUUCAAUAGAUAAUUACACCAAUAAAUGUGUCCCUGUACUAUUUUUUUUUUUUUAGUAAGAAAAUAAAGUGCUUAUUUGUUACAACCGUUGCCAGGAUCGUUAGAUAAGAUAGAUUUAGUUUUUCAGCCAGACUUCUAAAUGGGACUAUUUUUAGCCACCAUAGUUUUUUUUGGGUCAUUAGAAAAUGUGUCAGCAGGAAAGAGUUCAUAAUAAAGGACUAUCUGUAAAUGUG